AUGAAGAUGACCAACUCUGGUGGAUCCGCUAGUCCGACGUCUUCAUCCGGAGCACCGUCGUCGUCAUCAAUUCUGGCGGAUGCUGAUGAGAAGGAGCAGUUCCUUCAGAAUCAGCUGAUUCAAUCUGGGCUCGCUGGAAACCAGUGGAUGUCAAUGCUUCUUCAACAGCAGCAACAGAAUAUGCAGACAGAGGCGACGUCGCCAACGAAACCCAAGGCGGAGCUGUCAGAUAUUAUUCAGAAUCCGGCAGCUAUUAUGGAGUUUCUGAAUGGAAAUGGAGACUUGGCAAAGUUUGCCGCACAAAUCGCUCAAAAUAACAAAAUGAACGAGAACGACACUGAAGACCAACGUGACUCGUCCCCCAGCCCUCCACCAGCUGUCUCCCUGAACUCAACCCUCGCUUCUAUGGUACUCCCAACAACUUCCACUUCAACUGGAUGCAGUGCUGCCAGCACGACGUCUUCAGUCGACUCGGCAGGCUCAUCAGUGAUUGUGAAUGGACACGUGGCACAGCAGUCGUCUGUAGAUGACGAUGAUAUCUCGACGCAACCAUCUGCAAAGAAACAGAAGACAGGAGAGGAGACUCCAGUGACACCGACAUCAAGUGCACUCAUGCAAUCACUUUUGGCACAAAUGGGUUUUCCGAAUUCACUUCAACAGCAGAGUCAGAAGCAGAUGAAGGAUAACCAGGAUAUGAUGCUUCAGCAUCUCUUCCCACAAUCAAUGGGACUUCCAAUAAUGUUCCCUUCUCAGCUUCACUCGCAGUUCGCUGGAAUGCAAGACUUUGAUUCGCUGUCUGCACUCUCUACACCAAACAAAGGAAGCGGAGUCAAGAGACAAUACUCAUCAAAUGGAAAGAACUAUUGUGACAUCUGCAACAAGGAAGUGUGUAACAAGUAUUUCCUCAGAACUCACAUGCUGAAAAUGCACGGAAUCGUUAUUGAUGAGAACAAGACAGUCAUUGCCAACAUUGACACUAGCAUCAAGGAGCGAGAAGGAGAGCUGACAUUCAGAUGUGACACCUGCCGGACGAUGUUCAAGACAAGAAAUCAACUUCGUCAGCAUCGACAGGAUGUUCAUGGAGUGUUGCCACUAUCAACUCCACGUAACAAUCAGAAUAAGACGUCCGUCCCAUCCACGCCAAAUGGAGCCAACAACAGCUCAUCUACUCCGAACUCUGCCUCGAUGAACGAGGACAAGUGUCAGUAUUGUGAGAAGAGAGUUUCUCCAGCCAUGAUGGGAUUGCAUGUGCUUCAAGAUCACAUGGGAAAUGUCGCUGGAGCAGGAUCCAAUGGAACUCCAGACUUGACUCAAGUUCUAUCGAUGCUGAACCAAGCUGCCAACCGAGUUCAUGCUAACAGCGAAGAAAAAGAUUUGAGCCCAUUCUUGGAUUGCACAGAAUGCAGCUACAAGUGUCGUGAUCCAAAGAAUAUGGAAGUGCAUCAGGAGAGACACGAGAAGAUGUCUGAGGCAAAAAUGAAGACGGAUGAGGAUGAGGACGUCGCAUUAAAGUUCACGACAGAAGCAGCUCUUCAAAUGGUUGUUCAGAAUCAAAAUCAAUUCGAUGGAGAUUCAUCAGCUGCUGCAUUGAAUCUGACAUUCAAGAAUGACUCGGCCAAGAAGGAAAUUAAGGAGGAGAAUGCGAUUGGAAAUCAGAAUCAUGAGCGAAACUCACAUACCAGCGGAAGCAUCUCUCCAACCGGAUCGAUUCCAGAAGCAUUUGUCAGCAGAGCUAUCACAGAGAAGCCGUUCCCAACACAGAACUUCUUGAUCAGAUGCAAUGACGAAUGUGGUGAAUUCCUUACCGAGUUCCUCGCCAAAUUCCCAGUGCGAUCAGUGAUUGAUGGACCACGAAAGAUUGUGUUCGAUCUUCUCCCAACAUCUGCAUCAACCUAG